AGAAAGAACAAAUCAUCCAUUGUUUAAACCCCAGAUUUACGUUUCUAGAACGCCAGUUUUCCACGCAGAAGAAAAUCCCGCUUUUGUCCGAUCGGAAACAGCUUGUUGACAAAGUCGUGUCUGUAUGCACAGCAACCAAAGAGAGCCCAGCAGCUCCCUCCGAGGAUGUUUUCCUUCCAAAUCUCGUGCCACCACCUGUUCCCUUUCCUCUGAUACCGCCUGGUGGAGUACAGUUACCCUUGACCCGCCACAACUUUCGUAAAUCGACCUGCAGUACGUGAGAUGACAGUCGCUGGGAAUUCAAAUAAUAAAAAAAGGCCUACAGCCUGACCUUUAUGGCGGCGGUGUUUUUUUUUUUUUUUUUUUGAAUAACAUUCAUUCACAGCCAUGAUGCAUGAAGCCAAACGCCAAUGAGGUCAGCCCAGAUUUUGGACUCGCGUCCUGUGUAUUGCUGCGCGUCAGCCAGCGUGCGAGACUCGGGUUUUCUUUCCAUUGCGCCGGCAGAAAACGUAACACCAGCCUGAACAAGUUCACAGACACACACACAGGCCCUGUAUCCUAUCCCAGUGCAGCUUCGUGUUCACACCGUCUGUACCUUCUCGCCAACACAACCCUUUCUUCGGUUUACGGUUGGAGUAAACUUUUGUGGCCGCUUGCAUAGAUAUACAUACCGUCUACUCACGUUCGCUCGGAAUCUGUCGAGCUGUGACGACGAGGUGAUGAUGGGGGAGUAAGAGGAUUCAGGCCACUGGUGGUGUGAAGGAGUUUAACUUUCCUGGAACGAGGAUGUAGAGGAGAGAUUUACAGAGUCUGGAAUUGGUAAGAGUCUGAAUGGUGCAAGCUGCUCAAGAAAGACCAGCCAGCAAGCAGGCAGGUGGGCGAGCGGGUGUCGGGGACAGCGCCGUGUCCCAUGCCUACACCAUGGUCACCCAGAUGUACACCGUGAACGCCGGCAUGCCCAAACAGAAGGCCCCCAGUUUAUUUGGCUUUCCGGGUCUGACACUCUCGCCGAUCCCGGAGAGUCCCGAGACCGAUUCCCUCCUCAACCACAAGGAACGCAAGGUACCCGAGCAGGAGAACACCAUGUGGCUGGAAUCAGAGACCUCCAGCCAGCUUGACGAUCGGAUGCCCAGCAAAACGCGAAAAGAUUCGUUGACACCCCCGCAGACACCAUCGGCGUGUGCCGUCAACGUCCACGUGGUGCAGGCGACUUUCUUCUCCAAGGACGCUCCUAUGACAUCCCAACAGCGCCGUGCACAUCUCUGCAAACUUUCGCUGUUCGCCUUGUGCGGUUUCGUGUUCGUGGCGGGAAUCAUCUUGUGGAUCCUUGUCCCAACCUUCACCUAAGUGCUGCCCACUUCCCAGUGAACAUCAUCGUGUAGAACUUGAGGACCUCAAAUCUUCGAUGGACGCUGCAGCUUGUAUGGAACAAACUACUGGCUUCUUGUCACUCAGUUCAUGCUGUGCACGAUACCAACCAGAAAAGCUGCAGCAAUCGUGCUUACAUCCUUCACGCCUCGAAAGAUGAACUCGGGGAAAGAAGGAAGAAUUCUUACCCACCUAUUACGGAGGUCUGUGCAUCCUACUGGCUGCAGGCACCAUAUAACCCAGGAUUAAUUAUCUUACACUUAAAAAAACUGUCGUCGGUUGACUUGUUGUGUAUAUAUUUUUUGCGUUAUUUAAAACUAAAAAUCAAGAGUUUAAACGGACAGGUUAGACGUUUCUUCCAGGUGUGUUGACGUCGUUACUAGUCCUUCCCCAUCUUCCAACUGUCACCUCAACUGUUCGUCGUGCCACAAAUCCUGUCACACACUGUGUGGGUGGAGGGGGAGGAGGAAAACUGUAAGAGCACACCCAACAUUUUUCGCAGUUUAAAAGCAUACAGCUGAAGUACUAUUCCUUGUAACGGGGAAUGGGAUCUAUAGAUAAUGAUGUAUUUCCGAGUAUUCUAACGACCAGAACACGCUUCUUCCAUCGCCUCACCCGAACCAGCCGUCGGCUUUCUGCGUGUUAUUCAUUAUGGUGGUGAAAAAAACAAACAAAAAAAAACCGCUUCCUUUAAACCCUUUCAGAUUGAGAAUCUCUGAGAAGAGACAGCAAGUGCAAGUCGAUUUCGAUGGUGGACUGGGAGUGGAACAUAUUAGUGCUAGUCGUUCAGAAAAUGUAAAUUUACUGUUCACACAGUGACGAAAGCACAGUCGGCGUUUUUACUAUUUUUUUUUGUCGUUCUUUCAACGCCUCCACAGUCCUUCCUUCUUGAUGUACUGACACUUAUUCGACCUGCUUUAAGCAAGAUGUUUACUAGGAUGUACUGCCGAUGGCUGGAUCCCAACAUUAAUGCAGUAUCUGCACCUGUAGCCCUGUGUUCAUCCUUUGCCGUCUGAGUUAUGCACUUUACUGUAAAGGGAGGGGUGGAAGCCUUAAAAGCCUGGAAUUCGUACAAAUAAUAAAAUCUCCACAGAGAUCGACAAGAACUACGUGUAUAUGUGACUACCUAUCGCAGUCAUCAUCCCCCCAUUGUUUUUACCUUCAUGGUCAUAAUUUUUUUUUCGUUUGCAUUGCUAUAACCAGUAUAAGGAGGCCUUUUGUGUACAAGAGUGUCUAUACCUAUGUGAAUGGAGUAGCACUUCUGUACUUGGAUUUCGAAAGCGCCUAUUCGUGAAUCGUAAGUGUAGAGUACUGUAGUAUACUGAAGCUUCAAGCCUUUUAUGUUGUGCAAAUAGCCCGUUAUACAUGUACAAUAAAAUAUAAGCUGUGAUCUCAUGAGGAAAAAUACUGUGAAUAAGCUGUGGUGUGAUACAUGUGUUUCUUUUUAAGCUUUAAAGUUGAAGAUAAAAAUUUGAUAAACAUUAAAAAAAA